GUUUACUUCCGGAUUUCCUGUAUAUGGCAGAGCUUGAAAACAGCCACUCCAGUUGCCCUACAAGCUCAGCAAGAUCCCCGUGCCCCGAUUUGAGACCGUCUUCGGUGCAGCACGAUGCUUUGGUGACCGGAGAGCCGCCAUACUCCGGCACAGCAGCAGAGAGAUUAGCGCAGCUUUAGACGACCAUUCAAGACAGAAAGUAUCCUUCUGCCACCCUUCGCCAAACGUCAAAGUCAAUGCGGUCCUUGAUCGGAGCGCUGGAGCUCAUCCACCGGCCCCGCCGUCACCUCUCAUGCGCCUAUCAUUAACGCACUUUCGUUCGCAAAACACAAGUGCCGGAGAUUAAAAACAGCCGAAAGCCGAUCCAGACUGUUAGCUCGGGCUACCCGGAUAAAAAGAGGGGGGACGGCAGCUCUGGUUGGAUUUAUCCCUUUCAAUCAUCAUGGAGUGGUUAAUGGGGAAGGGCAAAGGGAAGCCCAAUGGAAAGAAGCCGCCCACAGAGGAGAAGAAACAUUACCUGGAUGCAGAAUACACCAAAGUAAGAGUCGUCGAUUUUGACCUCAAGGAGCUGGUGGUUUUGCCGAGGGAGAUCGACCUGAACGAAUGGCUCGCUAGCAACACCACAACGUUCUUCAAUCUCAUCAACCUGCAGUACAGCACAAUCUCAGAGUUCUGCACGGGAGACACAUGUCCGGCCAUGACCGCCUGCAAUACGACAUACUACUGGUAUGAUGAAAAAGGGAAGAAGACGAAAUGCACAGCGCCGCAGUAUGUGGAUUUCGUCAUGAGUUCUGUUCAGAAGCUGGUGACGGAUGAGGACAUCUUUCCCACUAAAUACGGUAAAGAGUUCCCCAACACUUUCGACUCACUGGUGAAGAAAAUCUGCAGGUAUCUCUUCCACGUUCUGGCCCACAUCUACUGGUCCCACUACAAGGAGACGGUGGCCAUGGACCUGCACGGACACCUAAACACACUGUACACGCAUUUCAUUGUUUUUAUAAGGGAAUUCAAUCUGAUGGACCCCAAGGAGACGUCCAUGAUGGACGACCUGACGGAGGCCCUGUGCACGCCGCUCCCUCCUCAGCCACAGAACCACGUGACGGAGAGAUGAGGCCGGCGUCACGCUCUCUCUGACCUGCCAAGCCGGGGUUCAGAAGGACUGCUGGGACUCACAGACCUUCACCCUUCCAGAACAUUGUUCUCUUUAGGACCCAGUAAGGAGCGCUCAGCCAGGCCUCUCGCUGAAUGACCUCAGAGGCGGCCACCUAACCCUUUAACCAAGAACAACCUGAUGAUGCUUUGGUUUCCUUCCCUUUUCCGCUUUGUUUCACGUCUUCCCUCGUCUCGGCCCCCGUUUGAUGCGUUUUGAACAGCACUUUCCCCUCUCUUGGUUUCACAUGGGUGUUGGCCUGGUCCUCGUGUACGGUAUAAAGGUUUCUUUUUCAUUUUUAUAGGGUAAAAGGGGUGUGCGUGUGUGCGUGUGUGUUCAAGGCUUUUGCACUCAGGAACUGAGAGAGCUGUCAAUGCUACCUGCUCACCCAUUAGCCUCUCGGUGUCACUUUACUCAUCAUAUAGCAAUCCCAUCAUCCAAAAUGCCGGCCCUCUACUUAUAUGGGACAGACUUGUGUUGCAUAUUAGCAUGUUAACCACUGUAGAGGAAACCCGAGUUGAAUUCGGCGGCCAUUUUGGCUCCAGGGCCUGGGUUCACGCGUUCUCCCUCGAGUGACAAAGACAUUCGCGUUGUCUGCUGUUGAAUCCGAACGCCUGCUUAUUCAGGCUCUGGAGACGUCCCAGCGUCUCGGGUGCGGUGAGACGCAGGACGGCUUGUAAUCGUGUCUAGCCUCAUUCUGAAAAGACGAUUUGUGAAUGGAAAAGAAUGUACAAUUAGUCUCUACGUAUUGAUUGCAAAGAUUAUUAUCUUAGAGCGACUGAGAGAGCGAGGAAAAAGUGCGACCGAUGUUUUAGUUCUCCCUUCAUCACUGUUCAGAGAGUUUGUGUUGCGAUGAGAAGAUCGGACCUUUUCCUUUUAUUUAAUUUAUUUCUUGGUUUUCUUUUUCUUUUCGUUUUGGUUUUAGUUGACGUUUUUUCAGGGCUCCUCAGUUCUGGCUUUUGUUUUAUGUAUUUUAAUAAUACUUUAAGUUAAAAGCGAUUUAAUAUUUUAAGCUCUGCAAAUUAUAACCUAAUAAAAUAUUUAAAAGUCACAAA